CCGCUUCGUCAUUUCUUCGCGCCGCCGUAGAGAGGCUGGGGUCACUGGUUGUAGAAACUCUGCUGAGUUUCUUUGUCCUUUUUAUUUUUUUGUGGCGGAUUUAAAUCUUCUUCCGGUGGAUCUAAAUAUUUUCCCGCUCUGAUGGCGAACGAGCGGCUCCGACUGCUGGAGGAGGUGGAGAAGGAGAUCGCGGUGGUGCUGCAGUGCGCUGGGAACAUCGUUCUGGAACUCUCCAAAGACAAACACAACGCCAGCUUCCUGGACAGACAGCUGGUCCAGUUCCAGACGUCCAUCAACCGGGUGGAGAGCGAACUGAGCGCCCAGAUCCGCUACCUCACACAGGUAGCUACCGGUCAGCCACACGAGGGCUCCACUUAUUCUUCCAGGAAGGACUGUCAGAUGUCGCUGAACAGAGCCGAGUACACCAAGGUGAAGCUGGGGGAACUGGGUCGGAGGUGUGAAGCCAUGCUGGAGCAGCAGCAGCAGCCUCAGGUGUGAGAUCGGAGGCCGAU